AAUCUGUCUGGAGGGACAGACCCUUUUGUGAGAACAUAAGAUCCUUUCAUCUGGUCAUUGGAACUGGUAAAUACAGGCAUAAAUCGGUGUGUCAUUACUCCUAUUUCCUAACUUGGUAACUUAGUAGAUGAUAUCGGAAGAUCUUGGAGUUUCUUCCCCCAGUUAUGUUAAAGAGCUGGGGUUGUGCUCUGAGAAAGAAAGUUCAGAUGACUGUUUCUUGGUAUAAUUAUAUAAUUUCUGAGUUCUUACCCAGAUGUUGAAGUAUGCUUCUUAACAGGUUAUGUGGGCAGUGGGUUGAUGAUAACUUGAAUUUUCUCUUCGAAGCUUCGUUCUUUCAUGCAACGAGAGAUUACCGAUAACCCGUAUGCUUGUUUUCGCUCGUUCUGUCGGAUUCCAUGGCGCUAGCUCUUGCAUACAAUCGUGCUUUCAUUAUGGAAACAGGUACACCUCGUGGAUUGCUGACCAUGUGUUCGACGAAUUUCCUGAAGGAGCUGACAUUGAGUUUUCUGGUUCGUUUUUCAAGGACUCUGCAAGUGAGACUUCGGCAAGAAAUAGACGAGAGGGACGACGUCGUACUGGUUAUAUUACAGAAACCAUCAACAUUGUCGAUGCAAAUGAAGCAGCAUUGAAGUCAUUUCGUCAAUCGAACGCAUCUGGAACUAAGCCUACGAGGUUCCUUCUCUGUACUGCUCUUAAUUCUUGUGCCAAAACGCUAAAUUUUCACUUAGGUUUACAAAUUCAUGCACGCUUAAUUCGUGACGGGUACGAGGGUAAUUUGUUUCUAAGUAGCGCUCUUAUUGAUUUAUAUGCGAAAUGUGGCGCUGUGAUGGAUGCAAGAAGAGUUUUUGAUGGUAUAAAAAUGCAUGAUCAAGUAUCCUGGACCUCAAUGAUCUCUGGUUUAUCACAGAAUGGACAUAGUAGAGAAGCCAUUUUAUUGUUUAAAGUGAUGUUGGGAACUUCCAUUAAACCAAAUUGCUUCACCUACGUCAGUGUCAUUAGCUCAUGUACAACGCAAGAGGAGAGUAUGUUGCUCCAUGGACAUGUUACCAAACUAGGACUUCAUACUAACAGUUUCAUCGUCAGUGCCUUGGUUGGUUGCUACUCAAAAUCCCAAAGAAUAGACUGGGCUGUACUUUUAUUCAAUGAGAUGGAAGAUAGGGACAAUGUUUUACUAAAUUCUAUGAUCUCAGGAUAUUCUUAUAAUCUUCUUGGCGAAGAGGCUGUAAGAUUAUUUAUCAGAAUGAAGAAGGAGAACAUGAAUCCUACCAAUCAUACUUUAACCAGCGUCCUAAAUGUUUGUGGGAAUCUAACAGUACUUCAACAAGGAAAACAGGUUCACUCCUUGGUAACUAAAAUGGGUUGUGAAAACAAUGUGUUUGUAGCUAGUGCUCUGAUUGAUAUGUACUCCAAGAACGGCAGUCCUGAUGAGGCUUGUCGUGUUUUCUACCAGAUUGAACGGAAGAAUAGUGUUUUAUGGACUUCUAUGAUCAUGGGUUUUGCUCAGAGUGGAAGAGGAUCAGAAGCACUGGAACUUUUUGAGCAUUUGGUAGCCAAAGAAGGCUACAGACCAGACCAUAUUUGUUUUACUGCUCUACUGACUGCCUGCAUUCAUGCCGGAUUUCUGGACCAAGGAAUAGAAUACUUCACCAAAAUGACAAGUGAGUACAGUUUAGUACCUCAACUUGACCAGUACGCAAUCUUGGUUGACCUCUAUGCAAGGAACGGACACCUGAGAAAGGCAAAGGAGGUGAUGGAUGAAAUGCCUUACGAACCAAAUUAUGUAAUUAUAUGUGAAGUAGAACUCGGGAGAGAGGCUGCAAACCAGCUUUUCAAGAUGGAGCCAGAGAAUGCUUCUUCGUAUAUUACACUGGCAAGUAUAUACGCGAGAGCUGCUAUGUGGGCUGAAGUGGCUGAGAUUAGAAAGCUGAUGCAGCAGAAGGGAGUAAAGAAAAAUGCUGCAGGGUGGAGUUGGAUUGAGGUGGAUAAUGGAGUUCAUCUUUUCUCAGUUUGUGCUACUUCACACCCUCGGUCUCAAGAGAUCUAUGAAGAACUGGAGAAGCUGAGGUUAGAGACGAGAGAAGCCGGGUUCAAGCCAGAACAGACAUUGGAAUCAGCAGAAGAUUUUUGUUGA